AUGAAGUCUCUCAGCUUGUCUUGGGUUACCAUGGCCCUGGUUUUAAGUACCUACAUGAUAUCUUCCAUCAGCGCUGCUCCAGCUAGCUCUCCACCCGCCGAUGCCGCUGCUUCCAUUCCUGCUGUUACGUAUCACGUGGCAGGCAAUCCUUCAAGGCAAUCAAACUUUGCUCUCGCUGCUUUCAUCGAAACCAAUAUCAAUUCCGGUACCGAUGGCGGCCUCUAUGCUGAGAUCAUACGUAACCGUGCCUUUCAAGACAACGAAAGUAACUCCCGCAACAAGAACAAUACGCUUGGUCAAGGUACCCUUCUCCACUGGUAUGGCACCAGCAAGUCCACCAAGCUUUCGCUAUCGUUGGACAAUUCUCUAUCUUCUGCUCUGCCCCAAUCAGCGAUUGUCAGUGGCGACAAGAGCCAUUCCUGCGGGAUUGAAAACGCUGGUUUUGAGGGGAUCAGCGUGACCACAGAGCCGCACAUGCUCAGCUUCUAUGCACGAUCACCAACAGGUCAGACCGUAACAGUGCCAGUCGAAGUUGGCCUCUAUUCAAAUGACUACUCCAUAACGUUUGUCAGGCAGAUUAUGCUGCUCGAGCUGACUAGCGAGUGGCAGCAGUUCCAGCGUACGUUGACGCCCACACAGGCAUCCAGCAACAACGACAAUGUCUUUGCCAUCAAGACUUCCGGCGCCUGCCAGGAUGGCUUCCAGAUCAACCUCGUGUCGCUCAUGCCCCCCACCUGGGAGGGCACCGUAGCACGACAAGAUCUUGCCCAGGCGCUUGCCGAUAUCAAACCGGUGUUUGUGCGUUUGCCAGGCGGAAAUGACCUCGAAGGCAACAACAUACCGUCCUGGUUCAAUUGGACCAACGCCAUUGGCGAUAAUAAGAAUCGCCCGGGCAGAACCCCCACUUGGACCACAAGCUGGAACACAGAAGGCCUGGGCCUCAUGGAGCUCAUGGAUCUAACUGAAAAAUGGGGUGCUGAAGCUAUUCUUGGCGUUUACGCGGGUUAUAGUCUCGAUUCCCAGGCCGUGCCAAAGGGGGAGCUUGGUCCCUACAUCCAAUCGGCGCUCAAUCAGCUGCACUUCCUUCUUGACGCUUCCGGUUCUUGGGCAGACUUGCGAAAAGCCCAAGGUCGCGAACAGCCUUACAAAUUCAGACACGUUGAAAUCGGCAACGAGGACUGGCUCGGUGCUGCUAUCGACACCUACGGCGCGUACCGCUGGGCUGCCUUUCGUGAUGCCAUUUCCAAGGAGUUUCCUCAAUUGAAUCUUAUCGCGUCGACACUCAAGAAAGGUGUGGAGGGUGCAAAGGCGGUCGACGACCACAUGUACGCUACACCUGCCCAGAUGCUUGACUUUGCCGAAGGCAUGGAUGCUACUUCGCGAGAGACACCGAUUUGGGAGCUUGAAUUUGCUGUUAUCAACUCGGGGCUUACAAAUGACACUGACAUCUACAGCGGUCCAGGCCGUCUUAAGCACCCAACUCUUAUUGGUGCUCUCGCCGAGGCUGCAUUCCUUGCUGCCGCUGAGCGAAAUGGAGACAUCUACUACGGUGCCGCUUACGCUCCUAUCUUCCAGAACGAGGGCCAGAAUCUGACCCAAUGGACACCCGAUCUGCUGAGCUUCAACCCGGGCCAAAUGAUCAGGUCGACUUCGUACUGGAUUCAGUACGGUUGGGGAAACAACCCAAUCAAGCAUAUCCACGAUGCCACCUUGUCCACGCCGACCAAGGCUUCUCAAAUUUACCACUCCUUCGGUUCCAACGGCCAAGGCGACCUGGUGGCGAAGCUGAUCAAUAUAAACGGAAGCCCGCGAAACGUCCAAGUGCAAGUGGGCAAUGGAAAGAAGGUCUCGUCCUUCGGCGCCAGGAGCUGGCAAGUCAAAGGAAACGAUCCCCAGCAAGCAAACACAAUCGACGACUCAGAAGCGGUGACUCCGCAAACAUAUACAUCCUCUCUGCCAGAGGGAUCCACCGUUGGUAUGGACGGGUCUUUCACCAUGACCCUGCCCGCUUACUCUGCCACGGUAGUGACCGUCGCUCUUUCAUAG